GAAGAAAAAAAAAAGAAAGAAAAAAAAGAGGGUUGACAAGCAUAAUAUUUGACAACCCAAAUACAAAACCUCUCACACACUCGCCAAGGGUGUAUCUUUAUUCCAUGUACACGCACACACCCCCCCUCGUCGACCGCGCGACCCUUUUCUGCCCCUUAUUUUAGAUUCUCCCAGUUCCCUUUUCCUCCUCGAGCCCGCUCCCUUUCUCUUUUGGAUUUGUCUGCUCUUCCCGGUUCUCACAUUUGGUGACUUGUUUUCCUGUCUUUUUGUCGAGCGUAUCCCGUGAGCUUUCCCGCCGUAGACCGGCCCCUAUUUUCGAUUCAUCUCAUUCUUUAUCGUUUUUCCCCAGAGGAAAGUUAUUAUUUUACCUUUUAUUUUAGCUUAGUACUUGCAAAAGGUCUUGGCAGCUCAGGUCGCCGGCGACACUCAUUCAUUUUUAAGUCAUAUUCCUUUUUUUAUUUUUCCUUUUUUUUUCUUCUACAUACUGGCAUCUCAGAGCAAACAUACCAAACAAGUUCAAGAUGAGGACAACCAACGGACUCGUUUUAAUACUCGCCGGCCUCGCGGCAGCCCUUCCACAGCCUGGAGGCAAUGGCGUCACGGCCAGGGCAAAGGAGGCAGUGAAUGGCAAGAAGUUUGAGAUCAGGUCAGAGCGUCUCCGACCAGUGCCCAUCAAGAAGCGGGCAAACCAGCUGAUCCCCGUCGUGGUCGGCGGGCCGCAGGUGACGUUUGUUCCCAACAUGGUCCUCGCGGCGGUGGGAGACGUGGUCCAGUUCCAGUUCAGCAACGGCAACCACACCGUCACGCAGUCGGCCGAGGGCCAGGCCUGCACGCCGCUGCAGAUGACGGACCCCAACGCGGUUCACAGUGGCCACAUCCCCUUCAAGGACGGUCAGCAGAUGGUUGGAACCUUCAACAUGGUCGUCACCAAGACGGAUCCCAUGUUCCUCUACUGCGCCACUGGUCCUCACUGCCAGCUGGGCCAGAUCAUGGUCAUCAACCCAUCAAACACCCAGCAGCUGGUCAACUACAACAAGAUCUCGGCCCUGGCGACCAAGAACGUCGACGGCCUCAAGGUCAACGGCGGCAGCGUCGGACAGAUCCCUCUCGGCCUCGCGGCAUUCGUCCCGGCGCCACCCGAGGACGGCGGCAAGGGCAAGGGCGAUGCCGGCAAAGGAAAGGGUGGCAAGGCGACCGGCGGCAAGGGCAAGGGCGACGGGGCAGCAGCUCCUCCGGCGGCGGCUCCCCCUGCAGCAACCCCGGCCGCUCCUCCCGCAGCCACUCCCCCAGCUGCUGCACCGGCUGCUCCCCCGGCCGCGGCGGCACCUGCUGCUCCUCCGGCCGAGGGCGCCGCUAACCCUGCUCCUGCUCCUGCUCCCGCCCCGGCACCCGAAGCUGCUCCAGCUCCAGCUCCCGCACCUGCUCCCAAAUAGUCUACGAAAAGAAAAAUGCAUGGUCUCUUGAACGCUAGUCUCAUGGUUAUAUAAGCGUACAUUUUUUUGGGGGGAAAUAUCGGGGAGGUGGGGAGUUUGGUUCAAUUCUCUUUGUACAUAGUGUGUAUGCGUUGCUGCAGCAUUUUUUUUGGUGUGCGUUCAAAGAUACAAGAAAGAAAGGGUCAACGGGACUUUUUGUUCGUGGAAAUUUGUGUUUCAAAAGAGUUUCUUGGCAGGGAGCGUAAACUUUGUGUCGAGAGUAAUACCAAGUUGCGGAGUAAAGUCUGUGUCAGAGCAGCUGUGGUACUUACUUGUUCGUUUCUGGGCAUGCAGGAUUGCAUCAUGUUUUUGCUGCCAUGUCAUUCAGACUUCCAUCACAAGAGUUGCUUUAGUCCGUCUCCUAUUGUGGC